GGAGAUUUGUCUUCGGGCUUCGCCUUGUGGAGGUAUCCAUUUCUCAUAGACCUUUUCAGACCCUCUCCUCUCUUUGUCUUUCUUUCUUUCCUUUAUCGUAUUUUAUUUGUCUGGUUUCUUUCCCAUUGUGGUCAGUCCCAUUGUCUGUUGCAGCUGGACGAGAGAAAGGAAGAAAAAAAGCAUCUGGAAUGCUCUCCGUCACCGUCUUGCUCGUUGUCUCUUUGACAGCGUCUUCCUUUGCGGCACCAACGAGAGGUGUCCUUAACGAUGCAUACAAUUAUUCAGAAGACCUGGCUCAGUAUUUUUCGAGGGUGAGCAGACACAUCGACACUGCCAAUGGCAAUCGCAAUCGCAAGCCAAUAUGCGGCGUAUCCAAUAUCUCCCUACCGUCUUCUACGCUGCCUAUCCCUACAAACCUCAAGAUCCGAUACGUAGCAGUCGGCCGUGGCACACAGAACUACACAUGCUCCUCUUCAUCUCCGGACGUUGCACCCGUAGCCGCCGGUGCCAUAGCAAACCUGUACGACGUCACGUGCAUCGCCGCAAACUACCCAGACUUGAUGCCUAUCCUCCCCAAAGUCGCCUACUCCAUUCCCCUUCCAGGUGACGAAUUCUCUCCCCUUCCCCCAGCUAAUACGGGCUUGAUCGGUCACCAUUUCUUUCGAGACGCAACUACCCCGGUCUUCAACCUUGACACGACCUCCUCUCAACAGUAUGGCAUCGCGAUUACAAAGAAGGUCGGCUCGUUCGGCGCGCCCUCGAAUUCGCUUCAGGGUGCUAAUGGUGCCGUUCCGUGGCUGUACCUCACGACCAUCAACGGUACGAUUGGUGAUUAUAGGAGUGUCUAUCGCGUCGAAACGGCCGGUGGACAGCCGCCGAAGACUUAUGUUCUCCGUGAGAAAUGGGCGGCUUGAUUGUCUGAUUGAGUAAACCUGGGACUUGGUUGAUCCCCUUGCAUAGCUGGAUUUUUAUACAGACUGGAGAUACCUUGGAAUGAAAUCGUGUCGGAACAAUUGUUCAGUUCACCGACUAACUAGUUAGUUAUUGCUUUUACCCUCCCUUAUGUAAGCAAUUAUGUAUUUACAGAC